CAUUACGUAAAAAAGAGUUAGAAACAGAAAUACUGACAAAUGACAAUCAGAAAAAAUAUCCUCCGCUUAUGAACGAUUGCAACUUUUUUUGGUAGUUCAUUUUUGUAUUGAGCUCACUAGCUCACUUCUGCUAAGAGCCACAUUUUUCUAGUCACAUUGUGAAAAAUGGCACUCCGUUCGUAUAGAAGAACUCCGCGGUUCGAGGAGUCUGAGGAAAGUGUCACAGAACCCUUGAUCUCUCCCAGUCUGGACAUGAAUACCGCUGGAAAAUCAGCAAAAAUUUUUUCAUUUUUCAGCUCAAAGCAGAAUAUUUACAGCAUUUAUGUUUUGCUACUGUUUUUGAUAACCUAUCUGUUGAAUCAACUGGAUCGUUACAUGCUGGCAAUAGUAACAAAACCUUUAGCACAGGAAAUUCAUUAUGGGGACCAAGGAUGCAUGACCAAUACAUCAGCUGCUUUUCCAAGUCCCCAAAUUGUCUGCCAGAAGCUUACCAAUGAAUCUAGCUGUACUCAAUUUAUAUAUAAUGGAACCAUUUUAGGAGGCUGUAAAUGGGACUACACUGGUCAAGGCUAUGAUUACCAGAUUCUUGCUGGACCAAUAUUUAUCUUAAUCUAUACUUUUGCUGCGAUCCCAGUCGGUAUUGCUGCUGACCUCUAUAACAGAAAAAUCUUUACUUAUAUGCAGGUCCUACUUGGCAUCAGCCUAAUUUUCUGGUCGGUGUGCACCCUCUUGUCUGGAUUUGUAACUAGCUAUUGGCAAUUGGCUUUAUUAAGAUUUGGUCUGGGACUAGGAGAAGCCGGAUGUACGCCUUUUGCCACAUCAUUGAUUGCCGACUAUUUCGGAGAAGAACUGAGAGGUUUAGCAAUGGGUGUUUAUAACUGGGGUAUCUAUACAGGGUACUCGCUGUCAUAUGCACUUGGAAAUUUCAUCACUGAUGCCAAUAUAAACAACCAAGGAUGGCGUUGGUCUUUCAUCAUUGCUGGAAUUCCAGGAAUUGUAAUUGGUUUCAUCAUUUUACUGACGGUCAAAGAGCCAAAACGUGGCCAAAAGAGCCAGCCUUCAACAACAAAAGUAGAAUCUUCCAUUGGAAAUGCAACGUCUUCUACCAAAGAGAAAUUCAAGCUAAUGUUCAAACUGAUGCGGCCAUCGCUGUUACUAUUGUGCAUUGCGAGUUCCAUCCGUAAUGCUGCUGGGUACGUUUGGGCGUAUAAUACGCAAGUUUAUUUUGAUGGACUUGGACAAACUCCGACGCAGAUUGGCACAUGGAUGUCUUGGAUCCCUGUGGUUGGCGGUUCUAUUGGUGUUGUUUUCGGCGGUUUUAUUUCUGAUCGCGUUGUUAAACGAACGGGGCCGCAUGGCAGAAUUUGGGUGCUGGCGCUUAGCCAAAUUGUGUCAUCUCCGUUCGCUGCGGGAGUCUUGUUUCUUGAUCCACCCUAUUGCUAUUUUAGCUUAUUACCUAAUUACAUCAUAGGUGAAAUGUGGGUUGGCGUAGCUCUUGCGGUACUUGUGGAACUAGUACCAGCUGAUGUUCGAACAACUGCCGUAGCAGCUUACUUCUUUAUAAUCUCGAAUAUUGGGGGAAAUAUGCCCCUGUUGGUGCCUCCAGUGAAGAGAGCUUUCAUCAAUGCUGGUUACGGAGAGGUUGAUUCAUUGCGAAAUACACUUUACUUAUUUUUCCCCGGUGAGUAUAUAUUGGCUGCUGUACUAUUUCUUGUAUCACUGGUAGUCCUGCAUCGGGAUAUUGAGUACAUUAAGCAGCAGCAAGAUCAGAAAGUCCCGGCUAAUGAAGAAACGAAUUCCCAAAUGCCUUCUAACUAUGGAAGCGCUUCAACUCUGGCAACCGCUGAUCAGUAACGAAGCUCGCGAGCAGCAAAGUAAUUUCAAGAUAUGAUUAUCUAAUCUAACUUCUGUUUUAUAUCUAUCAUAAUUUGCACGGAAUAGUGACAACGCGAAUAAUUCAAUAUUCUAAUAUAGAAAUAAAUUCUUUACUUUGUUACCGAAUACAAAGAAAAGCACAAA